AUGAGUGACGGCACUACUUUGGUUCCUCCAGCUUCAAACCAGGGUCCUACCACCCCACGCAAAGGCCCCCCCAAGUUCAAGCAGAGGCAGACUCGACAAUUCAAGAGUAAACCUCCCAAGAAAGGUGUGAAAGGAUUUGGCGAUGACAUUCCAGGCAUGGAGGGGCUAGGAACAGAUAUCACCGUGAUUUGUCCCUGGGAGGCAUUUAGCCACCUGGAAUUGCACGAGCUCGCUCAGUUUGGGAUUAUCUAAAGCACCAGAAAUUCUGCCACUCUUAACAGCCUCUGUCGUUACUUUGAUUACUUUUGCCCUAUUGAUCUGCCAGAGUUUGGAAAAUUCUGCUGUUCAGAAGUGGUUCAUUUGGCAUGCAAGGUCAUUUCCCAUCAGUUACUACUAAGAAUCAAUCUUUCUUGCAGUAUAGUUCAGCUCAGAAGGGUGGAUGAAAAUGUCCUUUUGUCAGAGCAUUUCAAACUAUGCCACCUUUUCCUAUUAGCUGGUUAGAAGUCAGUGAUUUUCUCUAGGUUUUAUUUAUGUAUAAGUCCUCCUAAUCUAUUUUUGCUAGGCAUUCAUUAUGAUUAGCAGCCUUUUAA